AGAGGGCAGGCAGCCUGUAGCCGAGACUCGUCCGCUGCCGUCGCGCACCGUACGGAGCUCCCUGGAGGUGGGCGAAAGAGUGCGAGAGCGCGGGGGAGGAGCCGAGUGGGGCGCGUCCCGAGAGCGCCGCCACCGCCCCCCGGAGUCUGCUGGAGCGCGGAGCCCCCUGCAGGGGAGGCGGCGAGCGGCUGGCGGGACGCGGCGGCGGGCGCGGACCAUGCAGUCCCCGCCCGGCCAGCGCUGGCUGCUCGCUGUGCUGUGAGGUGGCGGGGUCCCCUCCGGCUGCCGCAUCCCUCCGCCUUCCAGUUCAAGUGCUGCCCGGCGCCCUUGCCCUUCGUCCCGGCCCCGGGACGCCGGUGGAAGGCACGGCCUGCCCCUGCCUUGCUCUGCCCGAAUCAUGCAGGGGGCCCCGAAGGAAGAGAAGCCGACUGACCGGCCCGCGCCGCCCGUGGUCGAGGGGCGCCCGGCUCUCUGAAAGGUCCUCCACCUGCUGCCAUGUGUCGCCGCCACAGGUACCUAGCUUGUCCUUAAACUUUCCCAGCUCUGGGCCGAUUCGGAGUCGCGGGACGGAGGAGCCCGGCUGGCUGCAGACAUCUGCCGCCUAGCAGGAUCCUCAGAGAGUUCUGUCCUUGGAGUCGGAGCCCUAAUAGUCCCUCCAGCUCUAUCUGGCGUGGAGCUGAGCGCUGCCGGCGGAGGCAGCGCCUUCCAGAAACAGUUGAUCUUUGGACGGAUUUCUUUAAGGAAAAGAAACCAACAGGUUGCCAGCCCGGGCGUCACAGUCAAGACUCCAGAGAGGGAAGCCCCGGCCGCAGAUUCGUCGGUCAACGCAGACCCUCUCGGGCAGCGGGUGGCAAAGGGAAGAAGGGGGCGAUGGCUAGACCCGACCCGUCCGCGCCGCCCUCUCUUCUGCUGCUGUUGCUGGCACAGCUGGUGGGCCGGGCAGCGGCCGCCUCCAAGGCCCCAGUGUGCCAGGAAAUCACGGUGCCCAUGUGCCGCGGCAUCGGCUACAACCUGACGCACAUGCCCAACCAGUUCAACCAUGACACUCAGGACGAAGCAGGCCUGGAGGUGCACCAAUUCUGGCCGCUGGUGGAGAUCCACUGUUCCCCGGACCUGCGCUUCUUCCUGUGCUCCAUGUACACGCCCAUCUGCUUGCCUGACUACCACAAGCCGCUACCACCGUGCCGCUCCGUGUGCGAGCGCGCCAAGGCCGGCUGCUCGCCACUCAUGCGCCAGUACGGCUUCGCCUGGCCCGAGCGCAUGAGUUGCGACCGCCUCCCAGUGCUGGGCGGCGACGCUGAGGUUCUGUGCAUGGAUUAUAACCGAAGUGAAGCCACCACCGCGUCCCCUAAGUCCUUCCCGGCCAAACCCACACUCCCAGGACCACCAGGGGCGCCAUCUUCCGGGGGCGAAUGUCCCUCGGGAGGCCCGUCUGUGUGCACGUGCCGCGAGCCCUUCGUGCCCAUCCUGAAGGAGUCACACCCACUCUACAACAAGGUGCGCACCGGCCAAGUGCCCAACUGCGCAGUGCCCUGCUACCAGCCGUCCUUCAGCCCGGAUGAGCGCACGUUCGCCACCUUCUGGAUUGGCCUGUGGUCUGUGCUGUGCUUCAUCUCCACGUCCACCACUGUAGCGACCUUCCUCAUUGACAUGGAACGAUUCCGCUACCCUGAGCGCCCCAUCAUCUUCCUGUCUGCGUGCUACCUGUGUGUGUCACUGGGAUUCUUGGUGCGCCUGGUUGUAGGCCAUGCCAGCGUCGCCUGCAGCCGAGAGCACAGCCACAUUCACUAUGAGACUACCGGCCCUGCGCUGUGCACAGUCGUCUUCCUCUUAGUCUACUUCUUUGGCAUGGCCAGCUCCAUCUGGUGGGUCAUCCUGUCGCUCACCUGGUUCUUGGCGGCUGGCAUGAAGUGGGGCAAUGAAGCCAUCGCAGGCUAUGCACAGUACUUCCACCUUGCUGCCUGGCUCAUCCCCAGCGUCAAGUCCAUUACGGCGCUGGCACUGAGCUCCGUGGACGGAGACCCAGUGGCUGGCAUCUGUUAUGUGGGCAACCAAAACCUGAACUCGCUACGAGGCUUUGUCUUGGGCCCACUGGUGCUGUACCUGUUGGUGGGCACGCUCUUCCUUCUGGCAGGCUUCGUGUCACUCUUCCGCAUCCGGAGCGUCAUCAAGCAGGGUGGCACUAAGACGGACAAGCUAGAGAAGCUCAUGAUCCGCAUUGGCAUCUUCACUCUGCUCUACACGGUGCCAGCCAGCAUCGUGGUGGCCUGCUACCUGUAUGAACAGCACUAUCGGGAGAGCUGGGAGGCAGCCCUCACCUGCGCGUGUCCGGGGUCGGACGCUGGCCAGCCACGCGCCAAACCCGAGUACUGGGUGCUCAUGCUCAAGUACUUCAUGUGCCUGGUGGUGGGCAUCACGUCGGGAGUCUGGAUCUGGUCCGGAAAGACCCUGGAGUCUUGGCGGCGCUUCACCAGCCGCUGCUGCUGCAGCUCUCGACGGGGCCAUAAAAGCGGUGGCGCUAUGGUCGCAGGAGACUAUGCGGAGGCCAGCGCCGCACUCACUGGCAGGACCGGGCCGCCGGGCCCCGCGGCCGCAUACCACAAGCAAGUGUCCCUGUCGCACGUAUAGGAAGGCCUGGAGGCCGAGGCCCAGGGACAGUGCUGGACGUUGAAGGGGGCGGUUGUGUAGCUUGGUAGCUUUGUGAAGGUCACUUCCGUUUACCUUCUUGGUGCUGAUGCCCCCUCCCUGAGCGGCUUGGAGAGGAAAAGGGGGCGGUUUCAAAAGAUUACCUGUCCCCAGUAUUCUACCAGGGGGCGUGGCUUGCAGUGCUGUGGGGUUAAGUGUAUUCUAGUUUGCAUUUCUUACUGCUUUCUUUAGAAGUACCUUGUUUUUAAUUUAUAUGUAUAUUUUAAGUUUUAAAUUUGUUGCAUUUUGGCAACAAAAUUUACCUUUGCUUUGGGGGCUUCAUAAUCCUCAAACUGGCGUUGUAAUGAGGUUACUGUUGGUUCAGGUUUUUUUGGACUGUGUGGUCUAAACUAGGAAAAUAUAUUUCCUACACGUCUCUUUUUUGUUUUUGUUUUUUUGCUUUUGUUUUAUUAAUGUGAACAGUGAAGGGCUGCUGUGACUGGGAAGGUGUAGGGAGAGCCUUCUUUUUUAGGUGGUUUCUUCUUAGAGUGCUUAAAAUGUCCAGGACACUCAGAGGCCAGAGGCCAUCUGCUCCUUCUGUGUCUAGCCUCCUCAAGUCCUCUCCGGGAGUAGAAUAUGAUGUGGUUAGGACCAUCCCCCAGAUGACACGGUUAGGGAGCCAGGAAUUUCGUGUGCCUCCUUACCCUUGCUCAGCAAGCCGUGGGCAGCUCGCUGCGGUCAUUCUCAUCCCUCUUAGAGCCAGCUGGCCCGCUUGUCUUGAAUAAGUUAGAGGUGGCCUUAUAGACCGGACAUAAACAUUUGCCAUAGAGCCCAAGGGCUGGGAUUGGUUGACUGAACUGGUGGGAAGGUAAGCUUUCUGACAGAAGGAGGGGGUGGUUCUUAAUAAGCAGUGCCCCCCCACCCCCAGAAUUAAAAAAACGUGUGCUACAAAUUUCAGUAAAUGUAGACCCACUCCCUUUUUCUGGAAGUAGUUUGGAAUCCCUGCUAAAGGGGGGCUCUCUUUUAGAUUAAAGGACAAAAAACGGAUAUGCUUCCAGUAAUUAAAGUAAAUUCCCAUUGCCUUGUAUCUGCUGCUCUCAGCCCACCUCCUUUAUCAUGUUAAACAGUCUUUCUUGCUUUUCUUAUUCCUCCUGGUGGAGAGCAGCGAUUAGAAACCACACCCACCCACCAAUGAAGAGACUGGGGGAGGGAGGCUAGUUACCUGGGAACAAACAUUGGCUCCGGGAAAACCGGUCUCCCUGAACUCGAAAGUUUAAAGCCAGAUAUUCCCCCAAGCAGCUACCAAUCCUUAGUAGUCUGAAAACAAACAAGACCCCAAACUUAAGCUUUGUAGGGCAGUGUAAAGCUGCGGGAGGAGAGACGAUUUCUCCUCCUCCUUUUGACAGAGCCUGUGUAGUGAUGGACAGCCCCCUCACACAGUUUCUGUGCCAUUAGAAGAGUCUGUUUGCUUUCCUAAUCUGUUUAACUAUUCAUUCACUAAGAGCGUGGGGCCAUUACUGGGAAAGAAAUGGCAGGGCGUCAGCCAGCAAGUACCAAGGCAGAGUGGGGACUGAAUUUAAGGAACUAAAAUGGCCAAACAACUGAAACUUCCCAAAGCUUCCCUAGAAAAACAGCUGGAGUCUAGGCAUCCCGAUUUUCAUUUGCAGCGGUUGGGGGGGGGGGGUAGGGAGAGUUAAGGCCAAGCCAGCUCUGCGUUCCUUGUACUGAGUGGAGAAAAGAGUUCCCAUUGGGAAUUUAAGCACCCAGGGUAUGUAAAAUACCCUGCCCUUGCUCACUUGAGUCAGAAUUAAAAUUUCAGUGGCUUCCAAAAGACCUUCUCCACCUAGGUGCAGAACUCUGAGGGUCUUUUUCUACUUAUUCUGAAGCCCCUUCCGGGAAGCUCAACACACUCCCUGCUCAGCACCACUUCUGUUUUCCAAAUGAGGUCCUUUUCUUAUCACCUUGACCUCUUGCCUUGUUUAGCACAGUCUUCCCAGAAUCUGCUGCACCCCGCACCCCCACCCCACCCCAGUCAGCUGUGCACAGUUUGGGUUGUUCCCUCCUCACAAAGAAAAUUGAGUUGUUGAAUUGUGGCAAAAUCAAGAAAAGACGUAGAGAGUAAAAGUUGUGGGGUGAAGUGGAUGAAAGCGAUUUCAUUCAUUUUUUAGAAUGGUUAUUUUUUUUCCCCCACCUAAGCAAUGUGCCAGAGCUCUAAAAAAAAAAAAAAUGAGCUAAUCAGUUAAUUCCCUUUGGAAAUACAGCAGUUGAAAUGGCUAUGACGCCAGAGUAGGGACUGUGUGGGGACUGCCUUUGGAAGGAGCGUCAGAAGCCUCUUGUUUUCUGUUCUCUGUGCCCCCCUUUCCUCUCCCAUGCCCUUAGAGAGACAAAGCACACCUGCUUCCUCGAGGCCAACUGGAGUUUCUGGCCAGCCCUAGGGGAGGGAAGAGGGAAGCAGCCUUCAGAUGGCUACCCCACCACACGUUUCCUCCACUUUGCAUGUCUGUACCGAUAACAAGACGGUGAAAUGGGAAGCUGUGGAGUAGCCCGGCAACCUCUGUACUGCCAACUUUGUGAGAGGACAGGGGAUGGGGGGGUGGAGGGGGAGGGUGGGUUUGGGCCCAGCCCAUGUGCCUUUGGCCGACCCACUCACCUCUUUAAGCGUUGGGAUGGAUGCCUCCCAGAUUAGAGGGUGAGGGUUUAGAUAAUCUAAAGAAACAAGACCUCAAUGACUCCAAUGGCCAGAUAUUAGGAAGGUUUGAUUAUAUUUUGUUUUUUAAUUUAACUUUAUAUUAUUUCCCUCACAUUUUGAAGUUGUCUAAGUUGGAUGAAAAAUCAUUUUUCUUGGUGCCUUAUUGGUUUAUUCUCGAAAUCCCUUUGUCGUAGUUUCCUGUGAUCAUUGCCAGUGACCAGGGCCUGUGUGUGUGUGUGUGUGUGUGUGUGCGCGCGCGCGCGUGUGCGCGCGCACUUGUGCGCAUGUACAAGCUUAAAUAAUGUGCCGAUGGCACUGGUUCUAAGUUGGUAUUCAUUAGGCUGUUCCCUCCUGGGCCAGGGCAGCACUAAUCUUGACACCGGCUGCCCGGAGAAAACAUCAUGGAUCAUACACUGAACCUUAAUAACAGCACCCGUGACCUGCACCGGCGCGUGCAGAACGGGAACCCCAGAGCUAGGAAGCACAGUUGUAUAUUUUAAUGAACUGCUACCCCUGCUAAGGAAGCUGCUUUCACUUUUGUGCUCCACAGAAAGACCGAGGGGGGUAGGAGGGACAAAGCUUUGAAUAAGUGCUUUCUAACACUGGCAAACAGGACCGAGCACAUCACAAAUCAAGGCAGGUGUGAGGUAUAGCGGCUAAGAAUUGCCUGCUGCCUCUCUGUGUCCUUUCUUGUCUCCAAAGUCCAAUCAAGGGAUCCUGGGAAAGAAGCAGCCUGGCUUGGGGAGGAAGGCUCAAAGAGAAAACCUAAAGAGACUUUAAAGAAGGGCGAAGGGCAGGGAGGGUGUGGGCAGGGAGGGUGCAACUAACCUGUUUCAGACUCUCAGAGCCGUCUGGAAGCCUGGUGACAAUUGCAGCAUUUAUUUCAUCCAGGAUCUUGUCUGUCUGUGGUAUAUCAUUUUUUAAAGAGAAUAUUAAUUCAUGUUGUUACAAACUAUGUAUAGUGUGUAUGUUUUGUGGGUGUGUAUAUACUAAUAUAUAUAAUAUAUAUAUGAAAGAGAGAUUUAGUGACUUUUGAUACGGGUUGGUGCAGGUGAAUUUAUUACUGAGCCACUUGAGGCACAUAUCGAGUCUGUAGUGGAGUCCAGGGCAGUCAUGGUUUGCAUUCUUCUGUAGUGCCCGUCCUAUGCAGUAAGGAUCAUCACUGGCGUGCCACAUCCAGCACUCACAACUCAGAACCAGCAAUAUUUUACUUGUAGACAAUCAGCUUGAAUCUAUAGAUCAUGCCUGGCCAAUGAUUAUAACUCUGAAUCCAUAACACUCGCAAAAGGAAACCCAGAGCAUCUUGAAGAGAUGAUUGGUUUCGUUUGGUUUUGUGCCUGGCAGUCAGUACAACAGCAAUCGUACAUGGUUAUGUUUAGUCUAAGAUCCUUAACUUGUUGACAUUAUUAUUAUUUUGGAAAUUUUUUGUAUUAUAUUUGUGGGAAGGUAAAAUAAUGGUUUAAGAUUUUUAUCAAAUAUGGAGAUUAGUUAUUUAUGAAAAACAAAGAAAUGUCUAUUUUUGUUUCUUUGUUCAGAAUUAAUGUAGAUAACUUUUUUAAAUGGCAUUAAAGCAAUGGUGAAGAAAAU